AUGCGCGGCGCAAUUGUUUGUCGUACACGAAUUAUCCCUCGGUCAAGAUUCGUUCACCCAAGUCCGUGGGCAAGACCAACACGGUCAAUUCUGGGGUUAAAACGAGGAUUGAUCACGCAGAGCUAUGCGCGGGGACCAUCGGAACCUCCAUUGAUCGAAUCGACCGUGGGAGAUCACUUCGCCAAAGUAGUCAGUGAAUAUGGGAACCGGACAGCUGUGGUUGCAAGGCACCAGAAGGAACGAGUCACUUAUUCUGAAUUGGACGCCAAAAGCAAUGCCCUUGCCAGGGGCUUGGAAUCGAAGGGCGUGCAGACCGGAGACCGGGUUGGUGUAAUGCUGGGGAAUUCCAUGGAAUAUGCCAUUGUAACUUAUGCCCUGUUCAAACUAGGAGCUAUCCUAGUACCCAUUAACCUCUCCUUUAACACAAUGCAAGUCGUCGCAGCACUUAACCACCUUAACGCAAGCCACCUAAUCAUCAGCGCCGAAUCCAACCUCCCCCGAAAAGAACCGCGCAACAACAUACCCCUCCUCCAACACAUACUCCAAGAUCUGACAAAUCCAAAGCUCGAAUCAGCGAUUAUUCCCUCCCUCCAGAACAUAAUUUUUGUCGAUAACUCCUCCGGCCGUGUCGAUACCUCGGACUUCAAAUGCCUCACGCCAUACAGCUCGGUUACAUCCGACCUACAAGCAGAUGGAAGCCCCCUUCCAGCCCGAGAUCUCUCACCAAAUGACAUCGUCAAUAUCCAAUUCACAUCGGGCACAACAGCAAUGCCCAAAGCAGCUUGUCUCACGCACCGCAGCAUCCUGAACAACGGCGCUCAAAUUGGAGACAGAAUGUGUCUCACGCCAACUGACAUCGUCUGCUGUCCACCACCGCUCUUCCACUGCUUCGGCUGUGUCCUAGGAUACAUGGCAACAGCAACGCAUGGCUCAGCAAUUGUUUUCCCUGCAGAAUCCUUCAACGCACGCGCAGCACUCCAGGCUGUCCAGGAAGAACAAUGUACAGCUCUCUAUGGUGUACCCACAAUGUUCCUCGAACAACUAGGUUUAAUACAGGACGGCAUAGUCUCAAAUGAAGGCUUCCAACACCUACGCACCGGUAUUGCAGCUGGAAGCAGCAUCCCCGCGGAACUAAUGAAGAAAUUACACCACGUACUAAACUUAACCGAAUUAACAAUCUGUUACGGAAUGACAGAGACAAGCCCCGUCUCUGCUAUGACGACUACAGACGACCCUAUCGAUAAACGCAUUAACACCGUUGGUAGACUCAUGCCGCAUGUUGAGGCGAAGAUCGUGAAUCCCGCUGAUAAGAGCAUCGUCCCUGUCGGUGGUAGAGGGGAAUUGGCCGUCUCGGGGUACCUUCUCAUGAAGGAAUAUUGGAAUGAUCCAGAUCGAACGGCUGAGGUUAUGGUUCCGGAUGAUGGUGGGAAGGUUUGGAUGCAUACGGGAGAUGAGGCCUCAAUGUCCGGGGAUGGCUACAUUACCAUUACAGGACGUAUAAAAGACCUUAUCAUCCGAGGCGGGGAAAACAUUCAUCCCCUAGAGAUAGAGAACUGUCUCCUUUCACAUCCUGGUAUCGGGGACGUCUCUGUGGUCGGAGUCCCCGAUGAACGGUACGGAGAGGUGGUAGCGGCUUUCGUCAUUCCAAAGAGUAAGCAAAGCCAGGAAGAAUUGAUUGACGAGGAGAGUAUCAAAAUGCAAGUUCGGGAGAAGCUAAGCAGUCAUCUUGUGCCGAAAUAUGUCUUUUUCAUGUCUCCCUCUGAGACAUUCCCCAAGACGGCGAGUGGGAAGAUUCAGAAGUUCAAGCUCAAGGAAACUGCUAUCCGAAUCUUGAAUGAGACCCGUUCUACAUAA